UCGCUAUCACAAUGUCACAACGACGUCUGUAUUGUCCCCGGCGCGGACCGCUGCGACUGUGACGCUUUUAAGUGUCAUAUCUGUCUGUGUAUGGCCAUUCGCUCGCGUCCUACCGUACCAAACUGUACUGUUUAAUGCUAAUUUAGAUUAAUUUCUAUAUUAUUAACGUGUAGAAUCUUGAUAUGGACUUGUGUAAAUUGAUCGUGAAAAGAGUGCGAUAGUUGCAACGGGCCGCCAAAUUGACGCGUAGAUUUGUGCUUGUAUAGUGUUAUUGCGACGUACAACGCAGUGCAUGGGGUUGAUAGUGAUGUGAGGAUGUUAGUGCAUGGUCAUGUCGGUGGCGAAGAAAGAUAAGCCGACGAUGUCGGUGACGGCGCUGAUGAACUGGGCGCGGCCGCCUCCGCCGAGCCCGCAGCAGCCGUCUCCGGCUACCCCGGCGCCCAUGGCCGGCUUUCUCCAGCCUCUACCAACGCAGUCCAGCUUAGUCCCCAAUGAUUGCUCCCUCGACAUGCAAUUGUUCUUGUCCUCAGGGCUGAAUUUGGAGAACACGUCUUUCAUGUCGCCGAUGUCCCCGCCCGAGAUGAAACCGGACACGGCGAUGCUGGACGGUCUCCGGGACGACGCGACGUCGCCCCCGUCCUUCAAGAACUACCCUCCGAACCAUCCGCUGAGUGGCUCCAAACACCUGUGCUCCAUAUGCGGUGACAGGGCGUCUGGGAAACAUUAUGGAGUAUACAGUUGCGAGGGAUGCAAAGGUUUCUUCAAACGGACGGUUCGGAAGGAUCUCACAUACGCGUGUCGCGAAGAGAGGAAUUGUAUCAUAGACAAACGGCAACGGAACAGAUGCCAGUACUGUCGAUACCAGAAGUGCCUCGCGUGCGGGAUGAAGCGGGAAGCCGUGCAGGAAGAGAGGCAAAGAGCGGCGAGGGGAACCGAGGACGCGCACCCCAGCAGCUCGGUACAGGUGAGCGCAGAGGAGCUCUCCAUCGAGCGGCUGCUGGAGAUGGAAGCCCUGGUGGCGGACACCAGCGAGGAGUUCCAGUUCCUGCGCGUGGGCCCCGACAGCAACGUGCCCCCCAAGUUCAGAGCCCCAGUCUCUAGCCUUUGUCAGAUAGGCAACAAACAGAUAGCGGCGCUGGUGGUGUGGGCGCGCGACAUCCCGCACUUCUCGCAGCUGGAGCUGGAAGACCAGGUCACGCUCAUCAAGGCCUCCUGGAACGAGUUGCUGCUGUUCGCCAUCGCCUGGAGGUCUAUGGAGUAUUUAACCGACGAACGAGAAAAUGUUGACGGAUCGAGAACCACAUCUCCGCCGCAACUAAUGUGUCUAAUGCCAGGCAUGACGCUGCACCGCAACUCGGCGCUGCAGGCGGGCGUGGGGCAGAUCUUCGACCGCGUGCUGUCGGAGCUGUCGCUGAAGAUGCGCACGCUGCGCAUGGACCAGGCCGAGUACGUCGCUCUCAAGGCCAUCAUCCUGCUCAACCCGGAUGUGAAAGGACUGAAUAGUCGGCAGGAGGUCGAGGUUCUGAGAGAGAAGAUGUUCUCGUGCCUGGACGAGUACUGCCGGCGCUCGCGCGGCGCGGAGGAGGGCCGCUUCGCGUCGCUGCUGCUGCGCCUGCCCGCGCUGCGCUCCAUCUCCCUCAAGAGCUUCGAGCACCUGUUCUUCUUCCACCUCGUGGCCGACGGCAGCAUCGGCGGGUACAUCAGAGACGCGCUGAGAAACCAUGCGCCUCCGAUCGAUGCUAAUUCAAUGAUGUAACAUCAUUUAUGACGUGGAAAAGGCCCAUACAUAUGAUGGGCGGGGCGAUUCUACGCCGAUCAACGGUAACUCUAUAAUAUUCCUUGGAAAAGGCUGACCGACCACUGAAGCUGUCCACAUGAAAUGGUCUAAGCAUCUGCGGGGCUAAUGCACGACCUUGACAUGGCCUGUUUGAUGUCAUUUCACACCGAAACGAGACGCGACAUUUAUAAGUCUCUCAAAAUUUUUCUUUCAAAAAAAAAAAAAAUACACAUGAAAAGCGCUUUCAUGUAGAUGAUAUGAUAAGUUUAAAUUUUUGAGUCGCUCUUAUUAAGAUUUCUAGUUGCGUCCGAUUUCAGUGUCAACUAAAUCAAACACAAGCCAUGUCUUCGAAUGAUCACACGAAUCCUGAUUAUCGAUUACAUAUAGAAAGCGAAAUUAGCUGAAUAACCUCUCGUUACUAGCUGAUUGAUAACUGUUUGAUGCGUUAAUAGAAAUCAGAAAACAUGUUAAAUUAUUUCGGACUCUAUGGAGACCGCCGUAACUCUCAUUUCUUUUGAAGGAACGUACGAACAUCGCGAAAACCAAUGCCUUGAUUCAUAAUCAAGGAAUUUGUUUUAUGCAGAAAGUUUACCCAGAUGAAAAAUAUUCGAAUAUUUUCAAACGCCGUCUAAAUAAUGUUUACGUUGAUGCAUUAUUACAUGUUUAGCUUUGCAAGAGCACUGAGGCAGGUCAGCAUAUUGAUUGUGAUCCUUUUUUAUAAAACUACACGAAGAAAAUUUACUUUUUGGGUGAACUUUCUGUGUCAAACUCUAGCCGAUUUUCAAGGUUUUAAUUCCAAAACACAGGUUAUGAUAAAAAAAUAUUAAAGCUUUAAGAAUAUAUGUAGUUGAAUACAGUUAUAUAUUUAAAAUAACCGGAAAAAGAUAUACAUCGUCAUUGUUGGUACCCGAUCAAGUUUUACACGUUGAUAUAUCUAUACCAACCACAUUUCCUUAACAUAGACAAUUUACUUCGUGACGUUAUAUCGUACACAAUCAACACAGUAUGAAUAUAUUCUUACGUCACCGCGCAAUCAUUGAUACUAUUUUUGUCGUUUGACAAACUACAAAACAUUCACCUGUGACCCUACAGUCGUGCACGCCGUCAGCGCGUGAUGUCUUACAUCGGAGUCAGUACAGAUCAUGCGUUUAACUGCUAGCAACAAACUUGUAUUAAAAUAUGUAAAGUUAUUGUAUUUAAAACAGAUUUCAAUGUAGCCUUUUGCCGUGAUACAAAUACGAAAAUUUGCAACAGUACAAUUAUUGAGUGACGUUGCCUUUUAACAUGAAAUAUAAUUUCACUAUUGUCACAUGUUUGAGCACGGAUAAACUGUUGUUGAUAGCAAAUCGUUUAAAAUGGGGAUGUGUGGGUUCUAUUCACAAACGUUGACAACGCAUAUUUUUUGACUUUGCUUUCUUUCUAUCCUCAACAAUAAAGAGAUGACAUAUGUUUUAACAACAUUCGUAAUAAGCCCCUGGGAAUUGCUUCUAGCAAUUUCUAAGUAAUAAGAUCAUAAUAACUAAUGUGACACUAUGUCGGUAACUGCUAUACAUAGUUGUGGGACGCCACGCAAGUAGGCGACAGGUGCGUCCCUACCAACGUAGGUAGAUUGUAAAUGAGGCCGCCUCUUUAUCAACGUAGUGGUAAUGUUAAUGUAAUUAGUCCUUCAUUUAUUAGAGAAUUCUAUUCGAGUAGAUUUAUAGCGAAUUAUAAUAAAAUAAUAAUUUUAGACUACGUAUAAUUUUAACGUUUACCAAAUCUUCGAUGUUUAAUCUUGUAAUGUAUAAAACGUCCGAUCCUUUCGAUUCUAAUUCAGAUUGUUAAAAUUAUAGGCGAAAAGUAUAUUAAUCAUGAUACAUGCUCUAAUGUUUCGCAAAAAAUUACUGUUGGUGCUUCAAUAUGCAUUAUCUGCAUAUCAAAUAUGCAUAAAAUCUUCGAUUGAAAAUAUACGAUUAUAUAUUCUAUUAUGUAAGUUAAAAAUCUGUAAAUAUAAACAUUCUUUAUUGUACAAUUACGACAUUGUAUGAGUAAUUAUUUUAUUCAAAAUGUAUAACCUCACUAUGGGUGGUAGAUUAUUGGAAUGGCCUAUUAAUUUUGUAAUAAAAUAUAGCCUAGGCCAGUUUUAUUUUUGUACCUAUAGAGCAAACAUUUUGGGCAAUAUUUGAAACAAAAUUAACCAGUAUUAACCAAUGCUCGAGUUUUAUUUCUCGAGUUCUGAAGAUUCAUAGGAUGUGGCCGUGAAUUAAAAAAAAACUUUUAGAUUUAUCAGAAUGAUCUGAAGCUUUAUAUAAUAAUAAAUUAAUAAAGUUCUGUGAAAAUUUUCAAAUGUAGAAUAUGUUUGUUCAGUAAUUUCCCUUUGUUUAUGGAAGCCAUUUCGUUAGCAUGUUAUAUACAUUGGAUAUAUAUACAUAUGGGCCAAUUUUUAUGUGAAAUAUUAAUAAUUUCUUUACAUUGCAUUUUUUUCAACUGUUUGAAUUAUUUUUCACAUAAUUUAUUUUCUUUGAUGCACAGUUUCUUACGCAGAAUGUAGUGGAGAGCUCAAUUCACUGUACGGUUAAUAUUUUAAUUAUAGGAAUGUGGCUAGCAUAAUAAAUUAAAUAUUUACACGUAGGUAUUUAUGUAUGUAAUAAAGUAGAGUGAAAGGUUUCACUGCAUUCUCUUAUUUGUUGAAAAUGAUAACCAGUGUUUCUGUUAACUGAACGAGAUGUUGAACAAUGAUAUUAUUCUAUGGAUGGGUUGGAAUUUAUGACAGAGGUGUUGCAGCGGUUGUGAGAUGAUUUAUAAUGAUGUUCACUAAAUAUCUUACUAAAUUUAAGUUAUAUUUUUUGUAUAGACAUAGCUUUAAGAUGAAUGGUAAUUAAAAUUAUUAUCAUCACCAUA